AUGGCGACCGAGGAAGAUAUCGCGUGGUUUAAGUCCACUUUUCGUCCUAUCCCUAAACCUGAAUUGCCCGAUGAUUCUGUGGAGUAUUUCAUCUACUAUCUACCCUCCCCCGCCCCGCCGUUAUCGAUGAAGCGGCUGAGACUAAGGGCCCGAUUGCUCGAAGUGCAGCGCACUGCCGCGGAAUUGACGAAAGAUCUACUGAAGGGUUACAUUUGGCAACGGGAAAGUUUUCGCCUUGAGAUUAACAAAGAUGAUGGAAUGUCAUAUCUUAGCGGUCGCACCAACUACGGUGACUCAAUUGAAGACGAGUGGGUAGUUGUGUACAUCCUUCGCGAAUUGACAAAAUGUCACAAAGAUAUCUGGGUCAGGGUUGUGGAUAGUGAUGGCGAAUUCCUGCUCAUCGAAGCCGCGGGCACGCUUCCUGCAUGGUUGGAGCCCGAGGUCGCUGACAACAGGGUAUGGAUCAACCAAGGAGAUCUCAAAAUAAUCAAGCCCAAACAAGAUACUGGAAAGAAAGUUACCGAGAAGCUGUCUUUCCCUCAAGCUCGAAAGAUCAUCCAGGAGGAACCAACUUGCUUCAUCAAAUCUACCAUGAUCCAAGAAGAGGCAUUCUACAGACUCCGCAACUAUCCCAAGCAAAUCUCAGAGAAUCUUCACUCCGCCCUGGUGACCAUUCCUCGCAAGGUCGCCUUUCUACUUCACCAGAAGCCAGCAUAUAUCUCAUCCGCCGUUGAGGCAUUCUACGUCCGUGAUCCUAUCGCCCUGAAGCCUCUCCGCGCCAAGGACUCUUCCGACCUUACUUUCAAACCAGAUGACAUGGUUACGGUCAGCGUUCGAUUUACUCGCGUGGGUUAUGCCCAAAUGAAAAGUCAAGAGUUCCCUGUUCCAAGCAGCUGGGCAGGGAAAUUGCCGCCGGUCGACAUUGAACCGGAUUACACCCGUGCGGAAACUGGAAUGAAGCUUGCAUGUGGAUUUGAAAUGCUACUCUAUGAUCCUCACCACCAAGACAAAGCAGCUGUUCGAGAGAUGAAGCUAGUAUUGGAGGAUGUGGAGACCGGCGACGAAGAACUACCAACUAAUGAGGAAAUCGACAAGACAUGGGAUAAGAGAGAGGAUGAUGAAAAAUGGAUGGAUAUCAGCUUUGAAGAUCUGGAUCGGGAGUUGAAAGGCAAGGGCAAGGGCAAAGAGAAGGAUGGAGGGAAUUUUGGCGAUGCAGGUGCCCAAGAAAAUCUACAAAGAAUCGUUGCCCGUUUUGAGGAAUUCUUGAAUGAUACCUCGGCAGGUUUUGAUGGGGCUGAAUUUGAUGAAUUUGAUACCGACUCUGACGUCGACAUCGAUGAUGAAGAAGACGAGCUCAGCAGCGACGGAGAGGACAAGGAAGCUUCAUUUGAUGAAGAGGAGUUCUCCCGAAUGAUGAAAGAGAUGAUGGGAAUACCUUCUGCUGGUCAAGGCCCAUCCCUUGCAACACCGUUACUGAACCGAAAUCGCAUUCAAGAUCUCGAUGCGGACGAGGAGGAGGAUGAUACCGAACAGAUCAAAGAACUCUCUCGGCAGAUGGAAGCCGAACUGAAAGGCACCGGCGUAUUGGAUCUCAACAGAAAGAAGCUCCAACAGCAGCUCUCGUCUGGAAGCGAUGCCUCUAAAGGAAAGGUCACCGAAGUGGAUGCCAACGCCGAGGAUUAUGAUGACGAUGAUAAUGCUAAUAUCAAUCUCGCCAAGAAUCUUUUGGAGGCGCUUCACGGUCAGGCUGGCACUGCCGGACCUGCCGGAAAUAUGCUGUCGAUGAUGGGUCUACGUAUGCCUAAGGAUGACCGCCACUAA